AUGCAUCCUCAAGCCCUCGUUUCAGGCCUCUUACUCCUCCUCGCAGCGGCUGUGGAUUCUUUCCCAGAAGUGCGUGGAGUGGUGGGCCACUCCGUGACACUGCCAUGUACUUAUCCAGUGUCUGAUGGGAUCUCCUCCAUGUGUUGGGGCCGAGGGAAAUGUGGGGAUACAUGCGGACAAACACUCAUCUGGACGGACGGACACAGAGUCUACUAUCGGACAGACCGUCGCUACCAGCUGAAGGGGCAGCUUCUUCAAGGAGAUGUGUCCUUGACCAUAGAGAAUGCUACUGGGAGGGACAGUGGGCUCUACUGCUGUCGAGUGGAGAUGAAGAGAUGGAAUGCCGUACAGAGACUGACGGCCUCACUGCAAGUUCAGCCGGCUUACACUGAAACUGUGACAUCUCCACACCGCCCUUGGAAUAAACACACUGAAGUGGUACCCACACCACACCCCAUCAUGAUCCCCACUAAGGGCCUCUACAUUGGAAUCUCCGUGUCUGUUGGGCUGUUGCUUCUCACGGGCAUCCUGAUGAUCUUAAAGUGCAGACACACGAGAAAGAAGAGGAAGCCAGAGGUGUAA